GAAAGUCCUUUGAUUGUGAUUAUUAAACACUAUGACUAAAAAGCGGAAAAUCUCUUCAAUACUUAAUUGUGCUGGAUGAGUGCCAUCAGAAAGUCUAAAAUUGAUGUUGCCAUUAGCUUGCUAUCAAAUAGCGAUAGUAGUGACCAAAGUGAAUUACCGAUGAGGGUACGAGUCAGCCUUAAAUUGCUUUUGGUCAUUUUCACCAUAUUCAUUCUUUUCACUAUACUCACUUAUUGGACGAGCUGUUCAAAAGAAAAGCAGUGGCAAAUUGUGGAGCCUUGUGUUACACCAGUAGUGAAGAAAAUAGAAAGUUCUGAUUUAUUUAAAUUUGAUGAAAACAAUGCAGAUGAUGAUGAUGGAGGUCAACGGGUUAAGCUCCGAAGUGGACUACGAGCUUUGGAAGAAAUUGAUUGUUUCAUCAACGAUGAAUACACAGUCUCCUGUAGGCAAGAUAAUGGAGAAGUAUACAUUCCAUAUUCGUUUAUUCGCAAGUACUUUGAAGUCUAUGGAAAGAUAGUAAAACAUAGUGGAGUUGAUCGCUUUGAAUGGCAGCACAGUUAUUCCAAAGUUUAUUUUCCCAAGCAAAAGUACAAUCCCAGUAAAGUAUUCCUCUGGUUUGAAAAUUAUAAUGUAGAAGUUAGAGAUAGAGUGAAAUGCAUUAGUGGAGUUGAAGGAGUUCCUGUUUCAACUCAAUGGGACACAAGAGGUCACUUUUAUCCGAUACAAAUUGCUCAAUUUGGUCUCAGCCAUUUCAGUAAAAACUUAACUGAAAGUCCUCCUUCCAUGAAAUUUAUUGAAGAUGGAGAAACUACUCAAAAUGCAAAAUGGCUUUAUUCACCCAGAAGUGGUCUGAAAAGAGUGAUGGAUUCUGUUGCUGAUAGCUUAGUAGUUGAAUUCAGAACACAAGGUACAGAUAGAGAAGUGUUGUCCAUUGAUGAAGAUGUGGAGGAAACCACAUUAAACUGUGAUUUAAAAUUUAUUUCCAAUGCCAGUGUAACUGUAAUUUUAAGUAGCCUUGGUGACCAUGCAUUAUAUAAAAUUCAUUAUGUCAUGUCUGAUGUGCUCAUCUCUGUACAGGAGUAUGAUGUAUACUAUGGAAUAGGAACAAGUGAUCAAUGGAAAACUUUAACUAGAGAUUUAAUAAUAGACUUCAAUAAAGGACUGCCAUCAAUGCAAAGCAAGAAAAAAAUAGCUAAGCCUAAAAAUUUACAAGUCCGUUCCAUCAUUUUUUCUGGCUUUGGAAGAGUAGAUAACAUGAGCUUGAGUUCUACCUCCCACAUGGCUCAUUUUUUUGCUGCAGCUAACUGGUUAGUUAAUCACCAAGAUAAGAGUGGCGGGUGGCCUAUUAAAGUCACUCGCAAACUUUCUAAUGGAAUGCUGGAACUAGCUCCUGGCUGGUAUUCUGCUAUGGCUCAAGGCCAAGCAAUGUCUUUAUUAACUCGAGCAUUCAAAGUAACUGGUGAUCUUCACUAUCUGGAAGCUGCUUUACGGGCUAUAAAACUUUUCUAUAUUCGUUCUGAACGUGGAGGAAUAUUAACUACAUUUUUGGGGAAAUAUGUGUGGUAUGAAGAAUAUCCUACUAUUCCAAGCUCAUACGUGCUCAAUGGUUUUAUUUAUUCUCUUUUUGGAUUAUAUGAUGUACAACAAAGUGGUCAUCAUCAACUUUGUCGGGAAGCUGGGAAACUUUUUCAGGAAGGCCUAGUUUCUUUAAAAAGAAUGCUGCCUCUGUUUGAUACUGGUUCAGGUUCAGUCUAUGAUCUUCGCCAUUAUUCACUUGGUGUUGCACCAAAUUUAGCACGUUGGGAUUACCAUAGCACUCAUAUCAAUCAACUUCUGUUCCUCAGCACUAUUCAUGAUGAUCCUAUUAUAAAAUCGAUUUCUGAAAGAUGGACAGGCUACAUGAAGGGAAAAAAAGCUCCUCAUAACUAAUGCAUAAAAUUAAAAAGAACUGUUUGUAUUUUGUGGUAAAGUUGUUGAGUAAUGGUUGGCACAAAAAGUAUAAUCAUUAUAAGAGUCUCUUUUCAGUGAAUUUAAUCUAAUUUCUACAGCACAGAAAUAUUUUAAUUUCUUCACAACAAGCUGCCAUUUUCUAUUUUAUGAAAUGAAUAAUUUUUAUAUUUAAAAGUUAUAAUGCAAGAACUGGUGUAUGUUGAUAAAUUUCAUAAGAAUGUUAUCUCCCCUUGAAUGUAUAAUGGCUUUCUCAUUGUUUAUUAUUACAACAGUUUUAUAAUAAAUUGUAGACAGUACAUCAUUCA